UAAGUUGUAACGUAAGAAGGCAUACUUGAAAGGAAAUAAUUCCUUUAUUCUAAAAUCCUUCCUGAGUUUGAGUGAUGUGCGAAAAUCAUUGUUGUUUCAAACAAAAGAGCGGCAGAUGAGACGAACGAACAUCAUAAGCCAAAAACAAACGGGAGAAAUCUUUCUCCUCUGACCACGAUGAAAAGAUUAAAAUCCCCCCUACCGUUGACAUUCCACAAGAGUCAACCAAGUCGACCUCCAUCUCUUUUACCAAACUUCAACAACGAACAGUUUAGCAACAACUACAUAAUCUCCUUGUGCAAGCAAAAGCUUUACAGAGAAGCCAUUGAAGCAUUUGAGUUUUUACAAGGUCACACGAACUUCCCAAUAUUUCCCCGCACUUACACAAAUUUGGUUUAUGCUUGCUCGUCUUUGAGGUCUCUCGAACACGGCCGGAGAAUCCAUGGCCAUACUUUGGCAUCCAAUUACCAGCCGGACAUUGUUUUUCAGAAUCAUGUUCUCAACAUGUAUGGAAAAUGUGGGUCGCUCGCGGAUGCACGUAAGGUUUUCGAUGCAAUGCCUGAGAGAAAUGUGGUUUCUUGGACUUCACUGAUUUCUGGGUACUCUCAGAAUAGUCAAGAGGAUAAAGCCAUUGAAUUGUAUUUCCAAAUGCUGAGGGCAGGUUGUGUGCCUGAUCACUUCACCUUUGGAAGCGUCCUAAAAGCUUGUUCGGGUUUGCGGAAUGAACUGCUGGGGAGACAGCUGCAUGCCCAUGUUGUUAAAUCAGAAACUGGUUCUCAUCCUAUAGCACAGAAUGCCCUUACUUCAAUGUACACGAAGUUCGGUCUGAUUGCAGAUGCUUUUGAUGUCUUUUCUCGUGUUCCGACAAAGGACUUGAUUUCUUGGGGUUCGAUGAUUGCAGGGUUUUCCCAGCUUGGUUAUGAAAAAGAAGCUUUGGAUCACUUCAAAGAAAUGCUCUUUCAGGGUGCUUACCAGCCGAAUGAGUUUAUAUUUGGGAGUGCUUUCAGUGCGUGUGGCGGCCUUCUUGAACCUGAAUAUGGAAAGCAGAUACAUGGGAUGUGCAUAAAAUUUGGUUUGGGGAGAGACAUCUUUGCUGGAUGCUCCCUUUGUGACAUGUAUGCAAAAUGUGGGCAAUUGGAAUCUGCAAGAACAGUGUUUUAUCAGAUAGACAGGCCCGAUUUAGUGUCCUGGAAUGCAAUUAUUUCUGGGUUUUCGAAUGCUGGUGAUUCUAAUGAAGCAUUAUUAUUCUUUUCUCAGAUGCGGCAUAAGGGACUGAUCCCUGACGAGGUUAGUGUUCUCCCCAUACUAACUGCUUGCACAAGCCCUUCAACACUCUAUCAGGGUGAGCAGAUCCACUCCUACAUUAUCAAGAGGGCUUUUGAUUUUACCGUUAUUGUAUGCAACAGUUUGCUAACCAUGUAUGCCAAGUGUUCAAAUCUCUAUGAUGCAUUUCUUGUGUUUGAAGAUAUAAGAAAUGAUGCUGAUUUAGUUACUUGGAAUGCUAUUAUUAGCGCGUGCAUGCAGCACAACCAGGCUGGGGAGGUUUUCAGAUUACUAAAUUUAAUGCGUAUUUCUGAAACUACACCUGAUCAUAUUACUUUGGGUAAUUUGAUUGGAGCAUGUGCAAAUAUAUCAUCUCUAGAGGUUGGGAAUCAGAUUCAUUGCUUUACUGUAAAAAGUGGGAUUGUGCUUGAUGUUACUGUCAGCAAUGGAUUAAUUGACAUGUAUACAAAGUGUGGAUCAAUUGGAAGUGCGCAAAAGCUCUUCGGCUGGAUGGAGGAUCCAGAUGUUGUCUCGUGGAGUAGUUUAAUCGUGGGUUAUGCUCAGUUUGGAUAUGGAGAGGAAGCUCUUGACCUUUUCAAAAGAAUGACGGAAUUGGGCAUAAAACCCAAUGAAGUUACACUGGUGGGUGUCCUUACUGCUUGCAGUCAUAUUGGACUGGUAGAAGAAGGGUGGAAAAUAUAUAAAACCAUGGAAUCCGAGCAUGGGAUUGUACCAACAAUAGAGCAUUGUUCUUGUAUGGUUGACUUACUUGCUCGUUCCGGAUGCUUACAUGAAGCAGAGGCAUUCAUCACGCAAAUGGCAUUUGAACCUGACGUUCUGGUAUGGAUGACUCUACUUGCUGCCUGCAGAACCCGUGGGAACGUUGAGAUUGGAAAACGGGCAGCAGAGAAUAUACUAAAAUUAGAUCCUUCCCAUUCUGCUGCUCUCGUGCUGCUUUGCAACAUCCAUGCUUCUUCUGGCAAUUGGGAUGAUGUUGCCAGGUUGAGGAACUUGAUGAGAGAAAGGGACGUCAGGAAAGUCCCAGGGCAGAGCUGGAUUGAGGUUAAGGAUAGGAUCCAUGUAUUUUUUGUUGAAGAUUGCCUGCAUCCUGAGAGAGGUAAAAUAUAUGCAAUGCUAGAGGAGUUGUGGCUGCAGAUGCUGGAUGAUGGUUAUGACCCACUUCAGGCAUAGGCUUCAAGUAACAACGUCGAAUUAUUGUUUCCGGAGCAAGAGGAAGUGGAUGCCAGGAUCUUUUGAAAGUUCCUAGUCUAAACAAGAUAGCAUCAGUCAGUCGUGAUCUAAGACCCCAAGAAAUGCUAAACUGCAUUUCGAUUGAAAGGCAGGGCGGCACAGCCCUCACCUGAGGGACUGGUUAAGGCUGCACAGCAGUAAAGAGCGUUAAGACCCUUAACAUUGACUGAAGCAGUUGGAUAAGAAGGCAGCGGUCAGACCUGCAGCACCAGGGUAGUGUGCAGCGGCAGUUUCAAGUUUCAACCAUACAAUGUCUACUCUAAGUCUGCGUAUCAAGAGGAAAACUUUUCUCGUUCGCAAAGUUGAUGGCUUAAAACUAUGAACUGCAAAACGAUACUUGAUGAGGUGACCGGAUUUGAACUCCAGCAGGUAAAGUUAUCAUUGGAGUUACAAGUCCACAAAGACUUGCAUUCUUUUGCCCAGUUGAAUCGACAAUUUUCGCUUGUAUUGGUUCUUCUACAGCCGUUGAAUUGACAAUUUUCGCUUGUGUUGGCUACUCGCACCCAAGGGACAAGCUACCUUCAAAGGAGGAUGUUUUGUUGUCAAGUUUUAGACGGCAGGGGCAUACAUUUGACCACAAAAGAUCACAUUAGCUUGUACUUGUGAAUAGUUAUGGACUUCUGAAACUAACUUGGACCAUUCAGAUGGAUGCGAGUCAUCAUUUUCCCUCGCUUUCACAACGUUCAAAUUGGGUUACUCAAUUAUGAACAGCUUAUUGAUGGCUAGACUCAUGAUAAAGGAGCUUUGAGUUGUUUCAUAAAUUGAAUGAAAUAGAUGUUAAUUUCGA